AUGCAUGAAGUUACGCUUUUAGUAUUACUACUAUUUUCUGCAUUAGCAACGGAAGAAUCAAAUUUGCUCGAUAGCUUACAUUUACCAGAAGAGCAUAUUCGAUAUUGGGUAAAUCGAGAUAAUGCAGUGCGAAAUUUAUGCUUCAAAAAUGAAAUUUGUCGUUUAAAGCAUACAAUAAACAAUAAACAUUGUUGGGGUUAUGAGUCAAAUUGUGAACCAGAAAACAGUUAUUCUGUGCAAAAAACAAAAUGCACAAAGUCAAACAGUUGGGGCAGAAGCAGUACCGAAUCAAAGUUAGAGACAUUUCAAAAUCAAGGUGAUUUUCGGAAAUUAGCACAAACAUUUCACACUAUUGAGCCAAUUUGCAUUUCAAAUAAUACUGAAGGUAGUUUUCUGGAAUGUUCCAGUCAUUUAAGAUUCUGUUAUGCAAGAAAUAUUUUCUUUGAUUUCAAAAGUUUGAAUUCGAAAACUUCGAAGAGGUACCGAAAUGAUGUGAUCCAGAAGGGACAAGUUGGUGGAAACUGUAAUGUACUAUUUGACGAAAAAUUGCUACAUAGCAGAGCGGAUGAAAAAAGUUAUUUGCAGAGUUGGGCUCAUGAAUUAGAGUAUUUUAAAUCAUACCGUGAUUUUCGGAUUUCGGAACAUCGAUGUGAUGUAAUUUUUGAUAAGCCAACAGUGCUAAUUAAAUUGGAUGCAUCAGUAAAUAUGUAUCAUCAUUUCUGUGAUUUUAUCAAUCUGUAUGCUAGCCAACAUAUUAAUGGUUCUGUUGAUAUGGAUAUCGAUAUCCUUUGGUGGGAUACGUGGUUUAAUGGCUUUGUUGAUCCCACAUUUGGAGCUACUUGGCGUGCUUUCACAGUGAACACACCUCAUGAAUUGAUUGAGCUGGAUGGGAAAAUGGUCUGUUUCCGGAAUGCCAUGUUUUCAAUGCUUGCUAGACAGCGAUUCGGUCUCUAUUAUAAUAUGCCAUUAACGCCAGGAAAACUCAAUCAUAAUUGA